ACUAAAUAUAAUUGAUACAUUGAUGUUUAUUUAAAGCUUUUGAUGGGUGUUGGAUUUUUAGAUUUUGGAUGUGAAAGAAAUCUGCAUCUCCUUAAUUUUGCUGCAAUGUUAAGAAAUAAAGUUAAUGUUAUGAUUUCUAUUUAUCCUCUGUUGAAGAAAUAAUUGUGAAAUUGUACAGUUUCUUAUGCUUAUAGAUAUUUGUCUGUUAAUUGCUGUGAUUUUUAGUUACAACUAUGGAACUGGAAGAUAUUUUUUAUAACAAGCAAGAAUACAUUGAAACGGCAUCUGGUAAUAAAGUAAGCCGGCAGUCUGUUCUUUGUGGGAGUCAAAACAUUGUUUUGAAUGGAAAAACAAUAGUUCAGUCAGAGUGUGUCAUCCGUGGAGAUUUAGCUAAUGUCAGAAUUGGCAGACAUUGUGUGAUCAGUAAAAGAGCUGUGAUACGACCGCCUUUCAAAAAAUUUAGCAAAGGGGUGGCUUUUUUUCCUCUGCAUAUUGGUGAUCAUUCCUUUAUCGAUGAAGAUACUGUUGUUAAUGCUGCUCAUGUUGGAUCAUACGUGUACAUAGGGAAAAACUGUGUCAUAGGUAGAAGAUGUGUUAUUAAAGAUUGUUCCAUGAUAGCUGAUAAUACAGUCCUACCUCAAGAAACUGUAGUACCUGCUUUCUCAAUGUAUUCAGGAUCACCUGGUAUGUAUACAAAGGAUUUGCCAGAAUGCACUCAAGACCUGAUGAUGGAUUACACAAAAGGCUAUUAUCAACAUUUCAAACAGUUAACACAUAACUAAAUUGCUUAUUUAAGAAAAUAUAAAUUUAUACAAUUUCAUUUUUUUCUUCAUUUUUUACCUGCAAUAAAAAAAGCUUUAUAUA